UCUCGUCAGAUGUGUCACGAAUGGUUCAACGAAGACGGAGCUCUGUCGAACUUCAUCCGUGAGACUGAGACGAAUUCCAGCUGCCCAUGCAAAGAAGAACAAGCAAAAAUGGAUUUAGGACGAUUCAUGCCUCAUCCCAGAUGCAGUGCGCUUUUCCGAGAUGUCUCAUGUACGGAGACACUCGGUUCGAUGAACUGUUACAUGUCGGCCCAGAACGUCCGCGGUUCAACCUAUCGUAUGAGCAACGAAGGUCAUGAGAGAGAAAGAGUGCACAUCGUAUUACGGAAGGACACCUACAGACAACGCUAUAAGACAUCCGUUAUUGUUGGCAAUGUGAUACGGUACUUCGACAAUAUGCACAUUCAACGUUUUCGCGGAGUCACUGUUUACGUAAACAACGUCGAGAAGGGCCAGUCGGAAAUCUAUGUGGUUCUGGAUCAGGCACAGAUCGGAAUGCGAAUCAGGGAAUCCUAUGCAAUUGAUAUCGAUCGGAAGUUUAACUAUAUGGAAAGCCUUGGUUUACUGGAUGUGCAAAUAUCGGUUCCACCACAAUACAAAGUUCUCAAUGUAGGUUCCGCUUUUGAAUACAGAGCACCGAAAUCCAUAUUGACAGGUCUGUUCCAGCAGCCAUCGGUGGUACGUACCGCCGACACCCCUCGUGUCGAAGGACUGAUCAAUCCGUUCCCAGAUGAACCAUUCCAACAGCAGUUUUCCCAGUUGACAUGGACAAGCGUGAAUGACCAAGGAAUACGAGGACAGCUUAUGAAGUAUAAAAUCAAAGGCGAAAUGGAGACGAUGAAUGUGAACUUACAAGCCGAUGAUGUCUCGGACCUAUUUGCAUCCAGAAGUGACCGAGAGAACCUAUUUCAGGCCUACGCUGAUCACUUCCUGAAAGGGCCUGUCUACAAAAUGGCAUCCAAAUAUCAAACGAGUCGCUAUGCCUUCCGACCACAAAACGAAAACGACUUCAGAAACUUCUUGGCGUUUUGUAGAACACCAAGAAGGGACCCGGAUUACGAGUUCCCGGAGGAAAGGCAGUUGUACCUACGCUGUCCUACUGAUCUUGCUUCUCUCGAGUCUGACUGUGGAAACGACGUCGCUUGCCUCUAUGAUUCUGUCAUGUUACAAGCACGCUUACUUGGUGACGAGGCAAGGAUGUCUUACAACUACUAUCUCACCCAACGGAUUGAGGGAGCUGCUCGUUACAACUCAUGCGGUGCUAUGAAUAUCGAAUACCCAGAGUAUCUGAUCAAGGGGCCAUCCAGUGGGGAACCGGCCUAUUUGGAAGGCGAUAAACUGUCAUUCAGCUGUUUCCAGACACACAUUAUCAAAGGCGAUACCGAGUUUCAAUGUCAGAAGAUCCGAAAUGAGGAUGACAACACUUGGAGGAUGCAAUGGACCCAAGGAGGCCAACCCUGGUGCCGGCACAGAGCAAAAGACAAUAUUCUCGUCUGGCUCCAAUGGAUGUCGAUCACUUUGGGGAUUAUUCUCGCCCUUGUAGGGAUAUUCGCCGUUUGCUGGAUCAUCAAACAGUCGGAUCGAAAGAAACGAACUUCACCACCGAGAAUCAGUAGUACUGUCGGACCGGAAGCGGAGCCUCUGACUGUCUACGAGAAGCCGAGAGUGUUUGCCCAACCUUCGGAAGCAUCAGACAUCCCAAUGUUCGAGCGGGAGCCCCGAAGUCGUCCUCUGGGCCAAGCACGAACCAUUUCUCCGCCCGGUUACUCAGUGGAAUCGUCACCAAGUCGUCACACCUCCCCCUUAGCUCGCCCACCGGAAUUCUCGUCCGUGUGA